UUCAGAGCACAGGGAGGGAUAAAAAAAGGAGAGAGAGAGCAACCGAGUGAGAGAGUGAGAGGGAGGGGAUAGUGAAAUAGAGAGGAGGGAAAAAAACACAAGGAGGGGGUGAAAAUAUAAGAGAAGAACACAGGAAACGAGAGGGAAGAGAUAGCAUAUUGUUCAUUUCUCUCUCUCAGUCUGCCAUCCUUAUUGCUCGGUGCGUCUUCGAGAAAAGAGAGAGAGAGAGAGAGAGAGAGAGGAGGAGGUGGACUGAGCCAAAGAGGGCGGAAUGCCCCUUUACAAGCGUCGCAUCUGACUAAAACAGCAGAGAAGCUCGUAAAUCGGAAAUUGAAACAGAGAGGAGACAGUGGGUUUCUGCAAAAACGGCAAGGUGAUGUUGGAGAGCUUCAAAAGAGUCUCCACGAAUCCGACAGUGGGUUCAAAUCCAUGCUGAUGUGUUGGAGAGACCACGAAAUCUGAUGUGUUCCACCGACUCCAGUUGGAGCUAGAUGACUCAGAACUCAACUCUGUUCCCAACUUGAAGUCAAGAAAAAAAAGCCACUUGUCUGCAGGCUCCCGUUUCUGCUCUUGGACACAUUAGGAAAAUAACAAGCUAAAGGUUCUGCAUGCACUGGAGGCAUAACUCCGCAUUCCUCGGCCAAAUCUAUUUAAAAAGGAAAUUUUAGAUGUAGAGUGUCUCGGCUCUGGCUUGCAAAUUCAACAUGACCCAGAAACUCAAGAGUGAAGUUCAAUAAAGGGACAGUGAGAGGGGUGGGUGUCGCUCAGUCAUACAUGGGCACGUCAGUCUGGUCUCUGUGAUCCAGACCAAGGCACCCUGCAGAGCCCCUUGUUUUCUUCCUUUAUUGCCGCUGCCCCCUCAGCUUCCUCUGCCUCCUCUUUCUCAGUUGCAAAAGGUGGACGGGCCAACACUCUACUUACCCGAGCGCCGUCCGAUAGGUGAGGGCGGCGAGGGCUGCACUGUCAUUGGCUGACUGCUGGUGAGAGUGCGAUGCGGAUUGGAGGAUGUCGGGGGACUGGGAUGAAGACCUGUGUAAGAAGGCGCUGGUGCUGGUGGAAGAACUGUGCUUCAACUCCCCAAGAGGUUACAGCCAGAGUGAACGCUGCCAGGAGUUCAGCUACCUGCUGAGAGGUCGCAACAAUCGGCUGGAUACAGAGAUCUCUGUCAGUCUGCUGUCGGUCAUCGUGACAUUCUGUGGCAUCGUCCUCCUCUCCGUCUCCCUCUUCGUCUCCUGGAAGCUCUGCUGGCUGCCAUGGAGGGACAAAGAGGGCGGAGGCCUGAGCCUGACAUCGGGGUUGCUGCCCGGAAGCGCCGGUGUCGGAAGCCUCGGAGGCAACGUGGGCUCGUCACUCUUACCGCCCCUGCUGCAGAGGAAGGAGGGCCACUCCUCGUCCUCGCUCUAUCCCUCCCUGGGCCAGCAGGGCCAGCACCACCCCCAUUUCUCUGACCUGGUGGGGCUGGAGAGGGGGGAGGUUGGAGGUGUGGUUGGGGGGCCACAGGAGACCCAGGAGCCCUCCUACCUGGACAUGGACUCCUACCCCAACAAUGCUGGAACUCUGAAGCUGAGUCAGACGUCUCCAGAUGUCCCCAACUCAGAGGUUGGAGCCCAGCCCCAUAAAGACCUGCCCAACGCUCAUUCCCAGCAGCAGGUCACCUCCCGGCCCAAGCCCAUGACUCACCAGCUCUCCAGUCCUGAUUUCCACGGCGAGGAGAAGGAGCAGGUAACCAGCAUUGGGCAGAUCAAACCGGAGCUCUACAGGCCCAAGGGCGACCAGGGCGAAGGCAAACAGGGCGACAACUGCGGCAAGAUCAGCUUCCUCUUGCGCUACGCCUUCAAUACGGAGCAGUUGGUGGUGAAGAUCCUGAAAGCUCUGGACCUGCCAGCGAAAGACGCCAACGGCUUCUCUGACCCGUACGUGAAGAUCUACCUACUGCCAGACAGGAAGAAGAAAUACCAGACCAAGGUCCACAGAAAGACCUUAAACCCAGUGUUCAACGAGACGUUUCAGUUCGGCGUGCCGCUGAAUGAGCUACAUUCCAGGAAGCUGCAUUUCUCCGUGUACGACUUCGACCGCUUCUCCAGACACGACCUGAUCGGCCAGGUAGUGGUGGACAACCUGCUGGACUUCAGCGAGGGCAGCGGGGACAAACCCGUCUGGAGGGACAUCGUGGAGGGCACCGCGGAGAAGGCUGAUCUCGGGGAGCUUAAUUUCUCGCUGUGUUACCUGCCCACUGCAGGCAGGCUCACUGCUACAGUCAUCAAGGCCACCAACCUCAAAGCCAUGGACCUGACUGGCUUCUCAGACCCGUACGUGAAGGCCUCUUUGAUCUGUGACGGGCGAAGGCUAAAAAAGAGGAAGACUUCCAUUAAGAAGAACACACUGAACCCCACGUACAACGAGGCGCUGGUGUUUGACAUUCCCAAUGAAAAUAUAGAAAGUGUAUCCAUCAUCAUUGCCGUGAUGGACUAUGACUGUAUUGGUCAUAACGAGGUUAUAGGGAUGUGUCGUGUGGGAAGCGAAGCUGAAGGUCCAGGGAGGGAGCAUUGGACGGCCAUGCUGGCCAAUCCACGCAAACCAAUAGAGCACUGGCAUCAGCUUGUGGAGGAAAAAGCAAUCGGUACAUUUGUGUCGAAGACUGCUACAGCGUCCUCCCCUAAGCCGCACAUCGUGGUGGACAGUCCUCACUCCGAUUAAAACUGUCAUUCUCAUCUCUCCAGCUCCAGACUUUCCUUUUCUUUCCUCUCAUCUGUGAAUAAUUCUCUCCAUCAAAGAAAGAGAGACGCGGAGACACUGCUAGUGUCCAACUGCUAGUGCUGUUUUGCUCCUGCUAAUGAAUCCUCCAAGUCCUGUGCCGAACAAACAACAUCCAUCACAAGCUACACUUUGAGCAUCAGACUACACAUUUACAAACACACGCAGAUACUAAAUAGUACAGUAGGACGGAUUUCGGGUGUAAAUUUGAGAUCUAGCAAGGGAACAAACACAUAACUCACACACACACAUGCACACACGAAUAAACACAGAGUUUGUAGUAUGUGCGUAGUUCAUGUGUGCUUCAGAUUAGUGUAGUAUUUCAUCUAGGAGGAGUGUGAUGUGACAAACUUUUCUCUCUUGGAAACCAAAAAAAAAAGAAGAAAAAAAGAAAGCCAUCCUAGAAUGGUCAUUUCAACCAGGACCAAAGGUUCAUGCCCUUGUACAGACUAUAAAAGAAGAAAAUCACUAUGUCGAUAUUUUUCUUUGCAAUAUUGGUGUACAGUAUAUGCCGUACUGUAUGGGAAAACAUCUCAUGUAGUACUUUCCAGGACAAAACAUUGGAGGUGGAUUCUCCCGGCCAUUUUGGAUGCCUUCUCCAGGCUCCGCAUCCUCGUUUCAGACUUAACUCGCUUAUUUUCCCCAGAGGAAAGACGACAAAGCGUCCAGUGGUCUUUAUUGAUGUCAGAGGAGUGAAAAAUUAGGACAAACUCAUUGGUUUAAGCAUGUUACGCAACCUUGAAAUGUGUCCCUCUUCCUCGUGCUUUUUGUCACCACCAUGGUGCUCAUCAGUAUCAAUUUUUUAUUUUAUUUUGCUCUGUUGUUUGUGUGAUAAAGUACACAUAAAGCCAUCAGGAAAGGAAUUUAUUCAUGCCAUUUUACAGUCCACUGAGGAUGCGAUGGUGUGAGCUUCCAAGAGACAUGGACUAUUUGAUCGUCCUCUGCUUUCUGGCCAAACUGGCAGACGUUUCCUAAUGUAGGACUACACAGGUUGAAUGAAACCUGCGUUUAGGAUCGGACCAGCAUCUGUUUGGAGUGCACUCGCAAGAGGAUGUAUCCCACAGGGAAGGAUAUCACCACUCCAGGACUUUUUUUUUUUUCUUUUCUCAAGAAGUCAUCGUCCAGCUUCAACUGAGACAAUUAUUUAUCUUCAAGUCCACAUCAUGUCCCUGACAAGACUUUAGAAGGACACACACGUGCGUGUUGCUUUUAUUAGUGUGUGUUUCCGUGUUUGUGGGUGUGUUUGUUUUGUAUUUGUGCGUGUCUGUGUGUGUGCGUAUGCCUGUGUGUCACUGUGACCUUGUGUGUGACACGUUUCUGUGCUCACCCCCUCCCUCGUCCUUUUUCUGUCUUCGCUUCCCUCACUCCUCAAAUCCCGGCAUCUACAGACACAGAAACGCUUGUCUCGGAGCCAAACGUGUCUUCUGUCCCGUGUCUUUACAAGGAGCCAUUUUGGGUGUGUGUGCGUGUGUGUGUGUGAGAGAAUGUGUGUGUGUACUAUACGUGCCUCAUUGCACUAGGUGGGGAAACACUGUCUUUCAUAGACAUUAGUUUGUAUUGUCUAUGUCGUCUCUGAAAUCAGCUGCCAAUCAUUCAACCCUCCUCUCCUCUCUGACCCUUUGCCUGAUGUAAGUAACUGUGUUGAUUGUGUACUUCUUUCAGUAAUUUGUGUACCGUAUGUCCGAGGGAAAAACCAGAUGGCACAGUGAUUGAAAACUGAAUUGUUGGGUGUGUUUACGAGAAGGAACACAAAAAAAAGUGAAGGCGAAAAAACUCAUUUUGUUGCGGCCUACAGAUCAUGACAAAUUUAGAUCCCCUUAAAGCAAGACAACAAGGAGGAGGUGUUGUGAGAAAACAAGCGCCUGGAAUUUCUGCACUUCCUGUGUAAACCGAUACAGACUUAUAAAGCCAUGUCUGUCACCGCUACUACGACUACUACUGUAACCUCAGCAAAACAACAGUACAACACCUCACUACAGCUACUUGUAUUGCUAUUGUUGCCAUUUCUCUCUCAUCCUCUCUCACUCACACACACGUCUGUGGAGGAGUGUGUGCGUGUUUCAGGCUAGGGAUCUAGUUCCUUUCUCUUUACCUUUGGUCCGUGCAAUUGCAGUGAGACUCACCGGCUUGCUUGUUCAGGUAUAUGGGAGGUGACACAUCCCGCAACAUACCUGCAAGUAUUCCGUGUGGUUUGUCAGCGUUGGGAUUAUCGACCCGCUUGUAUAAGUAGAUAUGGUAUUGAUCCAUUGGUCUCGAGGCCCCAUAAUUCUCUCUUUCCCAGCCUCUCUCUCUCUCUCUGCUUGUGUCUACCCUAUUUAGCCCUUGUGUUACUGCCUGGUGAUAGAUUACAACGCUCAUAGUGCAACCAGCACAUUCCCUUAUUCUCUUCUUCCCUCUGUUUCUGUCUGUCUGAUUACUGUCUGAUUACUCAUUCUCUCCUCCAGCAAUCCUUACCUUUCCUCCCGCUCCACUCCUCCACCUUCCCCCUCACCUAUCCAUUUCUCGCUCUAUUUUUUCUCCCCCCCCACCUUCCUUCCAGCUCCCUCUGCUGUCUCACAUCCCUCCAUCUUGCCCUCUUUCUUUCUUUCUGUGUACGACGCCCCCCUUCCGUCCUCUCUAUUCUCUCUCGCUGUCUUCGUGUUAGUGCAGUUCUGAAUGGUCAUGGGGAAACAUGUUUGCAUGCUUAUAUUAACAUGAAUGAUGUCAACUUGAUGCAAUGAAAAAUUAUAUAAGUGAUGCUUUAAGCAAAAUCUGACAAUGAACUUGAUACUAAUACUACUAAUGACGACUAAAUGGAGACCUAGCAAUUGUUUAUCUCUGUGGUCAAAAACAACGAUGAUGAAAUAACAUUGUUUAUGCUGUAUUUAUCUUUCUCGAAUUGGUAUUCUUUUUGAUUUUCAAUCGUUUUUUUUAUAUAUAAUUUAUUCAAGAGGUUUACUUUUUUAUUGGUUAAAGCUGAGAAUUUGAGUGAGGGGUUCAGUCAGGGCGAUUGUUUCAGUCGGGACAGCUGUACCAGGUCGCAGGAUAUCGGUGAAUGUGUAAGUAACGGUGUGGCUGAAGCAAUGAUAAUGGAAAUAAAGGAUAUGUAUCAUCCA